CAUGGAAACCCCUUCAGGAACUAGGUACCAACAAAGCUAAGUUUCCGAAUAAUCCAGAGCGAGCAAUAAUUAAGCCAAGAUGGCUGAGGCCAUCGUGGGGUCGAUGCUAUGGAAGCUGCAGCAGGUGGCGAGCAGGGAGGCGCGGACGCUGGUGGCCGUGAACGAGGACAUCCGGAGCCUCCGUGACAAGCUCAUGUGGAUGCAGGCCUUCCUGCGCGACGUCCAGCCGUCGCGCCGCGUGCAGCCCAACGAGCUCAUCAAGGUGUGGCUGCAGCAGACCCGCGACGCCGUCUUCGACGCCGAGGACGCCGUGGACCAGUACUUUGUCCAAAUUGACCUCUCAAGAUUCCCUAGCUGGAGCCGUGCCACCUUCAGUUUCUUUGCCAGCUUUACCACUCAAGUCGUGGUCCGGCGCGACCUCUCCAGCAGGAUCAGGUUGAUCAAUGACAGGCUGGAGGGAAUCAUUAAAAACAAGGACAGGUACAGGUUGGGAGAGUCUACUACGCUAGGAUCAAUAUGGAGGCCAUCCAGCUCCACGUCACCUCUCUCAGAAAAGAUGGACGACGUGGUGCUGCCACUAGUGGGACGAGAGGAACUAGUGCACAAUCUUAAGAAUUUGCUUUAUAAAAGCAAAGAAGAUCAUGAAAAUGUGAUCACUGUGACUGGGGAGAGUGGAGUCGGCAAGACAAAGCUAGUGAGGACCCUGUACGACAGGCGGCAGACCCUGUCUCAUUUUGACAUCUAUGAGUGGGUGAGCUUUGGUCCUAAUCUUAGUGCCUCUGAUGUCCUCAAGAUAAUCAUCACACGCAUUACUGUUGGAGAAGAAUGUCACAAGGACAAGAUCACAGAUAAACUGAAGGAGAUAUUGAAAGGAAAGAAGUAUCUGUUUGUGAUCGAUGCUGAGCUCAGUGACUCAGAGUGGAGCCGCAUUUUUCCUAUGCUUGAUGUGGGUGUCGAAGCUGGCAGCAGAAUAGUGAGAAUUUCACAGAGUACGCCACAUCAACCACCCCCACCAUAUAAAGAAAAAAGAGUUGUGGUUCCAAAAUUUGAAGACAAUGAAGUAGUCAUCAAUCUGUUCAAGAAAACCUUCCUAACAUAUGGCAGAAAUGAACUUCCUGAAUAUCCUGACGAAUCAAUAGAGAAAUUCAGAAUGAAGAUAUUGGAGAACACAAAAGGAUUGCCGCUGGCGGUAGUUCUUCUAUCAGGCCUUCUGCGGACCAAGAAGUACCCUAAUGAAUGGGAGACAGUGUUUGAUCACCUGAAGAAAAUGCAGUCAAAGCAGAUUGAUAAGAUUUUAUCCCUCUGCUUCGAUGACCUUCAUUAUGAUCUGAAAUCUUGCCUCCUCUACUUUGCUGCAUUGCCGGUGAAUACUUUUAUCAGGGCAAAAAACAUUGUGUGCAUGUGGAUGGCGGAGGGCUUCCUGGUACCAAAGGCCACAACAGUGGAGAAAGUAGGAGAGCAGUACCUGAAGGAGCUGAUAGAUAGGCGCCUUGUCAACUUGGCGCCAGUGUGCUAUAAUGUUCCUGGGAAUGAGCGUGUAGCUGUUCAGAGCAAAGUACACGCUUUCCUGCAGCUUGAAGCACAAGAGCAAUGCUUUGUGGAGAUCCACCGUGGUGAUGACAUCCCAGCCUUGUCGGAUGUUCGACGCUUGUCGCUCCAGAAUCACAAAGACAAGUAUGCAGCUUUGUCACAGCCUCUACCAAAGCUGCGAGCCAUCCUGUCAAACUUUGAGAUAGAACAAGAGGCUCCACAAGUUGGCGAGAAGCUGCCAGGUGAAGCUGGAGAACAAGAUGGAAAUGGAUGCCCUGGUUUCUCAAUAAGAGGAGGGGGUUACAAAAAGAAAAGGCAAGCCAAGUCUUGUGUGCAGGACCUGCUACAUAAUUCAAGGUUCCUCCGUGUCAUCCAUUUCAACGGCCUUGAGGUGGACAAGGAGCUUCCCGCCGAAAUCGGCAAUGCUGUGAACCUGCAGUACAUCCGAGUUACCUCCUGCUCCUUGGAGAAGAUCCCAUCAUCAAUUGGCAGGCUGUGCAACCUCCAAACUCUUGAUGUCCGAGGCACGAUGGUCCGAAGCCUUCCAGAUGGGUUCUGGAGGAUUCCGACGCUCCGUCAUGUGCUGGGCGACCGUCUCAUCUUGCCUAAAUGUGUUGGUGACUUGAGGAAUCUGCAGACACUCAACAGCAUAAAGCCUGACUAUGAUGACGCCCAUGCCUGGGGCAAGAAUACCUUCACCCACAUGACCCGCCUCUUGUACUUGCACAUCCGGCGCGGUGAGAGUCAGGGCAGCCAGGACAUCUUCUCCUACCACAAGAACAAGGCUGCCUUGGUAAAAGCAAUAGCCAUUCUCAAGUACCUUGUCGUCCUCAUCAUAAAAGCUCCUGUCAUUCCCUCAGAAGUGUUCACUGUGUCCAACCUCCAACGUCUCAAGGCAAUGGAACUGGUCGGGAAGCUUGACCUUCCUCAAAAUGGCAUCCCUGAGAUGGAAGUCCGCAAUCGCCUCCCAAAUCUCAAGAAGCUGAGGCUUAUGGAAACAAUGGUGUCACAGGAAUUCAUCAACCAACUUGGAGGCCUGCAGUUCCUUUCCACCCUUGAACUAAUCAGCAAUUCUUUCAGGCACCUUAUCUUCAAGGAUGGAUUUCACAGCCUCAAAGAAUUGACGGUGCAUGACGAGACACUCAACAGGUUGGAGAUACAUGAGUCGGCACUUCCCGAGCUUGGGGAUCUGGAUAUUGUCAACCAUAGCAAGGAGCUCCGUGUUGUGAUCCAUGGUCAUUCCAGGCUUGUGAAAAACAUUGAAGCUGAGGAUGAAGAACUUUUGGGGAUUAUGGAAAACAACAAAGAGUGUGAUUCCAAUGCCUGAAGAUUGAAUGUGAGCUGAUGUGCUUUUAUGCAUGCUUCUGAUUGCAGUGUAUUCUUAUAUAUGUGCCCAUGUAUUUUAUUCUGAGUAUUUCGGAACCUUGUGUGCUUCUGCAUGAUGAUUGUACUACAAUGUACGUGUCACCCGUUAAUUACCAUGGUGUGUAUUUGCUGUGUUGACAUGAGUAACAAAGCUGUAAAAUACUUGUUUGUUUUGCC